AUGGGGAUGGAGAUCAUGACAGGGAUGGUGAUGGAGAUGGGGACAGGCAAAAUGGUGGGGAUGGAGAAGGUGAUGGAGGAGGGAGCCUGCACAAAGCUGGACGAGGACAUCCUGGACAUCCCCUUGGACGAUCCCGACGCCAACGCGGCGGCCGCCAAGAUCCAGGCUAGUUUCCGUGGCCAUAUGACCCGCAAGAAGAUCAAAGGGGGAGAAAUCGAUCGGAAAACCAAGGACGCCGAGUGCGCCAACAGCACCCGCGGCGGCGACCUCCGCAACGGAGACUAG